AAAAGAAAUAUUGACAAAUAGUCGCACAAGCCAACGACGAAAUUGAUUCUUCUCUUUAACGACAAAAGCAAAGACCUAAGAAAGUAUACCACAAAGAGUGGAGUAAAGUGAAGCAAACUCGAGGGUUUUCUUGUAAUGGAUGUGAGUGAGUGUGAGAGUAGGACAGAGGGGGAGACCAUGGAACUUCAACAUUUCAGUCAUCCACAUCCUUUGGUCUCCUUCAAAUAUCAGACUGUUGCACGCGAAGAAGUAGACCCGGAAGCAGCUCUUUGCCUUGGGUGUGAGAAACCUGUAGAGGGCUGGAGCUAUGGCUGCAAUCAAUGUGAGUUUUAUCUUCAUAAGGGAUGUGCUGAGUUAGAGUUAGCCCCCAAGAUUCAGAAUCCCUUCCACCCCAAACACCCUCUCACUCUUUUGCCAAAUUCACCUCAGUCUAGGUCAGGAUUUUGCGAUUUGUGUGGUAAGAAUUAUGGGGGAUUUGUUUAUUAUUGUAAUGAUUGUAAUUUCGAUCUGCACAUCAAUUGUGCUUUGCUUCAAUCAUCCAUUGCUGCAAAUUUUCCUAAUUCUUUGCACCCCCAUUCUUUACAUUUCAUUCAAAACUAUAACAAGGAAGUUGAGCCUGAUUGCCCCGGGUGUCAAAAACCAAUAUCUGGUCCAUUUUACCACUGUUCAGAUUGCACUUAUCCUACAUUCUUUAACCUUCAUAAGGAAUGUGCUGAACUACCCCUUGAGAUUAAUCACCCCUGUGACCGUAAGCAUCCUCUUACUCUCUUGCCACAACCGCCAACUCAUCCCCAGAAAUGUAGUUGCUAUUUGUGCAGAAUCCAAUGGAAGGGGUUUGUUUAUUCCUGCUCUCUAUGCAACUUUGAUCUUUCACUUGAUGAUUUUCUUUUUUCACCACCAACAAUCACAGUUGCAAGUCAUGAACAUCCGUGGAUGCUUGUAUCUAGAAAAAUGUCGUUUGUUUGUGAUUGUUGUGGCACUGACGGCUAUCACUCCCCCUAUUUCUGUGCUACAUGUCACCUCCUUGUCCACAAGAAUUGCAUUUCAUUGCCACGCAACAUCAGGAUAACACGACAUUGUCACGUGAUUUGUUUUUCAUAUUCUUUUCAACAAAAUCAAGUUGAAGAUUGUAUGUGCAGAAUUUGUUACACGGAAGUUGAUACAAGUUAUGGUAGGUAUUGUUGUUCUGCUUCUGGUUGUGAUUAUAUUGCUCAUGCACAUUGUGCAACCAAUAAGCAAUUUGGGAUGGAACAAUUACCGAGGACGGCUAUGAUGAGAGGCAUGGUCCUUCGAAUUUGCUUACUGAUGUUGUUGAACAAAUUCGUAUUGGAGAUCUAAUGGUAG